AUGGCUUCUGGAGGACCGAACAUCCAGCUCGAGCUGCGGCUCGCCGAAAUGGCUCGAAUGAACGAGGAGAUCAAGCGGCGCCACAUGGAGGUGGAGGCCGACAAGCAACGCGCCAAACGAUCGGGCAACAUGGUCUCUUCCUCGCAAAGCAUCACCAUGCAAACUCAAAUGCCAGCCGACUACGACGGCUCGCGCGAAGACGGCUUCAAAGACGGCCUCGACAGUCGCCCGCUGCCCGCCGAUCCGUACGGCAAGGACAGAGUCCCGCGCGACAAGCGGGGCAAACCAGGCGAUGUCAAACUCAAGAAGAAGGGGCGCGAAAAGGGGGGAUAUGGAAAUAUGCCACAGCAGAUCGAUGAAGCUCGCCAAAGGGGAAUCGGUGACUCCGAAUUCUGGCGCUCUGAGCAAGCAAAAUGCGAUGCGGCCCGGAUCAACCGUGCUAGAGGACGAGAUGGAACCUGGAAACGAGAGUGGGAUCGUGAAAAACACCCAGACGAUGAGCGUAGCAGCAGUUACUCGGGAAAGAACUCCGGCGGACGAAAUCGAAACAACGAGAAAAUCGGCCGCCAGGAUCGCAACAACUCUGACCGUUACAAUAACUCUCGAGGUGGGCGAAACGAUCGUGGCGAUCGCGGAGGAGAUCGUCAAAUUCGCGACAGCGGAUACGGCCAGUUCCGGGACAAUCGACGCGACAGGAACAACCGCAGAAACCACGGCGAUCUGGAACCAGGCUAUGCAGGGCCAGCUCCGCCCAGACGAGAUCGUAAUAGAGAUCGAAAUAACCGGGAGCACGGUAAUCGAGACCGAGACUUUGGCUCCGAUAAUCGACCUCCCCGGCAAACGAGAUCGAUUAAUCCGCUAGAAGGUCCUACUCGCCCUGGAGGACGAUAUGAAAAGCGACAGAAUCGAAGGGCUCGCAACGAAAUGCAAGAAAACUCAGAAUCAGGAUGGGGCCAACCAGAGCAAGAAGCUGGCUUCAUGAACGAUUCGUGGGGAUCUACGGAUAAACCCGAUGACCAUCCCGGAUCUAAUUCCAUUUCGGAUUAUGGGGACGGAAACCUGGUUCCUGCUCCUCCGAGCAUCGAUUCCAGCCCGACGGAAGAAGAUUACGAGAAAUACGAUCAAGAAGUCGCGCUCGGCCAGUACGAGGAUGAGCAGCCCCCUCCUUCUCCACAAGAAGAUCAAGCAGAAAACAGCACGAAUCAAAAUUCGGCAAGCAACGAGAUCGAAGAAGAGCUCGCCAAGGUCCUGCAAGAAGCGAAGAUUGCAUCCGCCAGUGACGUAGAAAAGACCGAUCACACAGAACAACCCUCUCAGGUUAGCGAGGAGCAGCCAGUGUCAGAGACGGGUCCACAAUCGCGCCCGAUAAGCGCAGAGGCCACGGGAGGUGAAAGUGGAGAAAUUGUUGAGCAAGCAACGAACGGACAAGAAGAGAAGUCCGAGUCCGAGAAUCAACACGAUCAGGAUCUUGAAAUUAAAAAUCGAAAAAUCGAAGAAACAACCCAAUCCGCCGAAAACGACACGAACCAAACACAGGCAGAAAACAUCCAAACAGAAGAAACAGUCGAAAGCAAGUCCUUAGAAGAUGAGUCUGAAACGCCCAAGGCUGCUGAUGCGACGAUCUCUUCAGCGGAAGAAAAAAAUGACACUAAAAUUGAAGAAAAGAGCCCUCCAGUAGAAGAAAAAUCUGGAGCUGUCGAAGAAAAUCAAGCCACCGAGGAAGAAGUCGUCGAGAAAAAUGAUGCUUCCGAGGAAGAAAAUACUAAAAAUAGCAAAAUCGAGGACGAAACCAAUAUUGAGCCCGCAGCAUGUGAAAACAAGGAAGAAAAAGCGCAAGAACCAAGCGAAGUGACCGAGGAAAGUAAAGAGCCUGUGCAAUCAGAAGAAACGAAAGAAGAAAUUUCAAACAAGGACGAAAGCAGCAGCUCGCCAGAAGUUAAAAAAGAAGAUAAUAAAAUUGAAACUGAAACUACUAUUAGCUCGGCGUGA